CUAAUGCAAAUGUGACGUGUAUGGAACAGAUAGCCCUUUAAGCUAGGGAAGGACUAAGGAGAAUAUUGUUGAAUUCUUAGGAAGGUGUUAAGUUAUCUAAUCGAAACGUGGAGAGAAACAGUUAUGCAUAAAGAGCAAUAAGAACAAAGAGUGAAAGGAUGAGGUAGCUAGAGAGGGUGGGAGUGAGUGGGCAGAGAGAAGGUUUCAAAGAAAUGGCCACAUGGGUGAAUGGUUGGGGCAAAUUACUACCAUUUCUGGGGAUGUUGAUGGCUAUGCUAACUCAAAGUGGAAGCAUGGUGGUAAUCAAAUUUGCUAUGACUGAUGGGAUGAACAAGUAUGUUAUGGUUGUAUAUUCAAUGGCACUCUCCAGCUCCAUACUUCUCCCCUUUGUCUUGUUUCUACAUAGCAGGUCAGAGCUUCCUCUUCUCACAGUUCCUGCACUUGGAAGCUUCUUUUUGCUUGCACUCUUUGCGAGUUCAGCACAUAUAAUGGCUUAUGUUGGCAUAGAACUCAGCUCUCCUACUCUUGCAUCAGCUAUACUUAAUGUCAUUCCAGCUUUCACUUUUGUACUUGCUCUCAUUUUCAGGAUGGAAGAAGUACAUUGGAGAUAUUUUAGCAGCCAAGCUAAAGUCUUGGGAACAAUAGUGUCAAUUGGUGGAGCAUUUGUUGUGAUACUGUACAAGGGUCCACCCAUCUUUAGGACACAUUCAUCAUACACUUCAAACAAACUUCAAUUUUCGGCACAACCAAACUGGAUCUUGGGAGGGAUAUUUUUGGUUGCUGAUUCUUUCCUUAGUUCCAUGUGGUACAUAUAUCAGGCUUCGGUUGCAAAGAAAUACCCUGCUGUAACAGUCAUAGUAUUCUUCCAAUUCUUAUUUUCAACCAUUCAGUGUGGAGUAUUUGCCUUAAUUGCAGUUAGAGAUCCAACGGAAUGGGAGCUGAAGUUCGAUAGAGGGUUGAGUGUCAUUUUAUAUCAGGCAAUAGUUGCAACAAUGUUACGUUACACCCUAACCACAUGGUGCGUCCAUAGAGCAGGACCUCUGUUUUGUGCUAUGUUCAAGCCAGUGGGAAUCAUCUUCACCGUUUCUAUGAGUGCAAUCUUUCUGGGGGAGAAUUUCGGCCUUGGAAGUUUGAUUGGUGCGGUUAUAAUCGUGAUAGGAUUUUAUGCUGUACUAUGGGGAAAUUCCAGAGAGGAGAACAAGAUUGAGAAUUUGGAGUCAUCGAGCCAUAAUGCUCCUUUAUUGCAAGAUAGGUCGUAACAGGUAGGUUGAAAUCAUCGUACCAUAAUUUGGCGUAUCAGAAACAGGUGAAUGAAUCGUAUCAUGCUAACCAUUGAUAUGCACUUCCUUGUUGGAUAUAUUUUCCGUGAGUGGAAUACUUGUGUAAAAAUUUUAGUCACUCAUGGCACCCGUGAAUAGCUUUUGUUGGUGGGAUUUUAAUCCACAAAUUAUAGCUUCUUCUUUUGUAAAUGAUAGGCAAACUAUACCUAAUUACAGGUUUAGGUAGUUUACUUUUGGUUUUGAUUCACAGUUUGGCCUCUGUCCCCCAUGUUUGUUUUGUAAUCUUGCUUCUUUUUUUUAAUAUAUUCUGGAUGUGCUGCUUUUCGUGGUU